UUGGUUAGAUUAGCGGCAGAUAAGAUAAAAUAUUAGCUAACAUUUGCGCUAACAUGAACUAAAAUUCAAAGCGUAUACCUAAUUAAUUCCAGGCAGCGUCUAGUAUCUAUCCCAGAGAAUCAGACCAGUACCCUCUGAAAGUGAUCAUAUUUGGAGAACCUGACGUUGGGAAGACUUCCAUCAUGUUGGGAGCUUUCAAAAAAAACUUUUAUGGAAUAUAUAAAAAACAUUAGGCUACCCUUGCAGCAGGCGGAUGGCAAUAGACGUCUCUGGGGUGACCGUGAAACUGGAGGCCCGCGAUGUUUUACAUGGAUGGCGGCACGUAUUUCCAGGUUUUUUCACUGGUGUUGUUGCAGCUGUUUUGGUUUUUGACCUGACGCGAAAGUCCAGCUUUGACCACAUCCAACAUUGGCGGCAACAGGUCCACGAACAUGCCGGAGAAGACGUUGACCUGAUACUGGUCGGCAACAAGGUCGACCUGGCCAAGAGCCGAGCCAUAGACCACGAGACGGCCAACUCCCUGGCCCAGACCAUCGGGGCCAUGUAUGUUGAGUGUAGCGUUGCAAGAAAGAUCAAUGUCGACCUGGUCUUCACAUUGCUGGCCGGCAAAAUGGCCGCUCGGGUGCCUGUCCAACCGGAAGAGCCGGUACUUUCCGGCUUCGAGCCGUUUGGAAAAGAUACGUGUUACAUUUUCUGAGCCACCAAGCCGUCACCUACACGUCAUCAAAAUGCUGACCUACACGUCAUCAAAAUGCUGACGUCACCUACACGUCAUCAAAAUGCUGACGUCACCUACACUUGAGUCAUCAAAAUGCCGACGUCACCUACACGUCAUCAAAAUGCUGACGUCACUUACACCUGACAGUCAUCAAAAUGCUGACGUCACCUACACUAAUUAUUUCACCGGAAUCUUUACAAAAUAGCAAAAACACACUUCCGCUGGUCUAAAGGCAUAAAAUUGUAUGUAGUCAUUGUAUAAUAACAUCACGUCUUGUUUUACAAAGUGCAACUUUAGUCAAUCAUUUUGGAAUGUUUUCUGUGAGUGAGCUCCAUUGGUAGCUGGAACUCUGGCCACAUUUGGCCACAGGUUGUGGCUAGUUAGGAGGAGGUCAAGGUUGCACUGUUCAAUGGAUGUAUCCAGUAUCGGCGAUCAUAAGUAAAGGGUCGGGGGCUGCGACCUUUGACCUAAAGGGUCGGGGGCUGCG